GCCAGUUGGGGGUUGUGAUUUGUGAACAAAUCCCCGAAGGAAAGAGAGAGCGAGUGAGCGAGCGAUGGAGCGAGAGAGAGUGUGUGUGAGAGAGAAACAGAGAGAGAGAGAGAGCGAGCGAGCUGGGGGGAGGCGAGCGAGCCAGUCAGCUCCUCCACCACAGGGACCAUCUCUCCACUUUGCUGACAUUAACCAGCCGCUUGAUGCCAUGUAAACUUACUCUGUUAGGAACUGUUAUCGCAGAUAGCUGCUUGAAGCGAAGCAGAUCCCCAUUGAACGAGAAGCGGCGAGGACUUCAGGGGCCCCAUCUCAGAAGCUUUGCCAGGAACCCAGCGGCAUCCCCCGACCGACUUAAAAGCAACGCUCAUCCAAGAAAAGUUUCUUCUAAAGGCUCAAAAAUAGUGUUUUCAAAACUGCUCCCCUGAGACAGCGUUGACGAUGACGAUGGAAGCAAAUUGAGAAACAAAUGGGAAUGGAAUUAAGCAAGUCGGGCUACCGUAUAAAAACGACUGUAAAGUUUUGAGCAACACAGCGGACUUUAUGUGUAUACAGUGUUUUAGAUUUAAAUUAAUAUGAGGAUUAACAGAUAUGUCAUCAUUUCUUUGUGUCUGAUUCAGAUUUUCUAUCGGUGCAAUUCCUGUAUAUCCAGAAUCUGACAUUUUAUGAACUAUUAAAGUAGUCGGAAAAGUCGAAAGAAAAAAUGUCCCAGAGAAUGAAAAAGUUCAGAAAGCGAAUUUCCUAAAAAGUUCGCCUCACAAAGGUUUGUAGUUCGGGUUGCCAAAGUGCUCCUUUUAUGUUAUAAAACUGGCACUGCGAGAACGAGAAAUUUGGGCUGUUUUAAAAAGCAGACAAUUCUGUAAAAACAGACGAAAGUUACUUAUAGAGCGACAGUCAUUGGAAUGGCCUCAUUGUGUUUGGAGCACAGCAAAUAAGGCGUACAUCAUCGGACAAUGAAUGACCCUACUUUGAAUAGGACCCUGAAGUAAAAAAAGGAAAGGAAAAUCGAAACAAUAAUUUUGUUAAAACGGUAUGGUGGGAAGCUCGUCCAACAACGGCGGCACGAGGAUGCUCUCCUCUCCUGGAGGCAGCGGCGACAGGCGAGUGGAGUUCGUGGCGUUGACGGCGGUCCAUACAGAAAGAAGCGAGCCGUCUUCUCCAGAGCGCGGUCAACACACCCGCACAGGUCUGCUUGGGACCCCUUUACCUACGCCCUCUGGAGGAAGGGCUGUAAACUCUGCAUCCAGUAAACGCUACCGUAGGAUCCAGAACUGCCUGUACAACGUACUGGAGCGACCCCGGGGCUGGGCGUUCAUCUACCAUGCAUUCAUAUUCCUUCUGGUCUUCAGCUGCCUUGUGCUUUCUGUCUUUUCUACCAUCCCAGACCACCAAAAAAUGGCCAAUGAGGGCCUCUUCAUUUUGGAGUUUGCCAUGAUAGUUGUGUUUGGACUGGAGUAUAUCAUCAGGAUCUGGUCAGCAGGAUGCUGCUGUCGUUAUCGUGGUUGGCAAGGGCGGCUCAGGUUUGCCAGAAAGCCAUUCUGUGUCAUAGAUUUCAUUGUUUUUGUGGCAUCGAUGGCCGUGAUUGCCGCUGGGACGCAGGGGAACAUCUUUGCCACCUCAGCACUGCGCAGCAUGCGUUUUCUUCAGAUCUUACGCAUGGUACGGAUGGACAGGAGGGGUGGCACAUGGAAGCUCCUCGGAUCUGUGGUAUAUGCACACAGUAAGGAGCUCAUCACAGCUUGGUACAUUGGAUUUCUGGUCCUCAUUUUUGCCUCUUUCCUGGUCUACUUGGCAGAAAAAGACGUCAACACUGAAUUUGCCACCUACGCUGACUCACUGUGGUGGGGGAUGAUUACUCUCACUACAAUUGGCUAUGGGGACAAGACUCCGAGAACCUGGUUAGGUCGUGUUCUGGCUGCAGGCUUUGCUUUCCUGGGUGUUUCAUUCUUUGCUCUUCCAGCGGGAAUUCUAGGUUCUGGCUUUGCCUUGAAAGUCCAGGAGCAGCAUCGACAGAAGCAUUUUGAAAAGAGGCGUGCCCCAGCUGCCAACCUCAUUCAGGCUGCUUGGCGACUCUAUUCAACUGAUGUGAACCACUCUUACCUGACAGCGACCUGGUAUUUCUAUGAUACCAUGCUACCAUCAUUCAGAGAGCUAUCUCUCUUGUUUAGCCACCUUCACCGCUCACGGGCCAGAGGUGUACGCAAUUUGGCCCUGAAGAAAUUUAAUGAAAACCCUGCUGUACAGAAUGGCGGCCUUCUGAUGGAACACAAGUCACAAGUUUCCCCUGACCUGCUAGGGGAGAGUCAGCUCUUUAAUGGUAAGCGGAGUUUCUUCUGGAUUCACGGCGGCCGCAAGCAGAGUGGGAAAAUUGGAUUUCGGGAACGGAUCAGAAUGAACAACUCACGGAGCCAAGGAUUCCAAAAAAAACCUCAUGUUGUUCCAACUGUCCGAAACUCACCCAGCACAGAGAAUGUUCCAGAAACAACCAGCCCAACCAAAGUACAAAAGAGCUGGAGUUUCAAUGACCGCACUCGAUUCCGUGCCUCACUGAGGCAUAAGCCUCGGCCAACUGUUGAGAGUGAGUUGGAAGGAGCAUCAGAAGAUGCAAACGAUGAGAAAACUACUCACUGUGACCUCACCAUGGAGGAAAUCAUGCCAGCGGUGAAGACAUUGAUAAGAGCAGUCAGGAUACUGAAGUUCUUGGUUGCAAAAAGGAAAUUCAAGGAGACCUUAAGACCAUAUGAUGUAAAGGAUGUAAUAGAACAGUAUUCGGCUGGACAUCUUGAUAUGUUGGGACGAGUAAAGAGUCUUCAGACCAGGGUGGAUCAGAUUGUAGGUCGUGGCUCCAUCCAGCCAGAAAAAAAGAUAAGAAGUGAGAAAGGAGAAAAAUCCCUCCCUGAUCUGGAUCCAGUGGAUGAAUUAAGUAUGAUGGGAAGAGUGGUAAAGGUAGAGAAGCAGGUGCAGUCUAUUGAGAACAAGUUGGAUUUGCUCCUCAACUUUUACACACACUGCCUUCGGAAGGGUUCUUCAUUCACUCUGGCAGCCAUGCAACUUCCCUUGAUAGAUCCAGAUUUGACUUCAGACUAUCAUAGUCCAGUGGACCAACGAGAACUCUUUCCUUCUGUCCAGACUCUCAACAUCUCACAUUCAGAGAGUGGCACCAUGGACUAAUUCCACUAAACUCAAUACAAAGAACUAUUACCAAGGCCUUUUAUUCUGCCUUUAAAGCAAAAUAUGGCAAAGAAGAACACAUGAUAUUCAAAGCAUCUGCCAUUAGCCAUGCUGACUUUGGCAUGGCCAAACAUCUAUAAUACUUGAACUCUCCCAAAAACAGCAAAACCUGCUUGAGGAGCUUAUUGCUUAAACAAGCAUUUCAUGAAUGUAAGAACCAUUACUUUUGUGAUACUGCCCCUUUAGCUUUUAUCCCUUUUUUAAAGGGAUUUAUGCAGCAGAAACUCCAAAACAGUGGCAGCAUGCAGAAAUGUCUUCCUUGCUCAUUGGAGCAACACAGUGAUUCUACAGAUGCAACACCAGAACAAAACUGUUUUGAGAACCAUUAUGCUGUGACCACUGGGUGAGCGAAGAGAUGGACAUGGAAUGGGGGGCUGCAAGUUCUAAAAGCAGCUUGCAUGCUGCAACUUUUUUAUUUUUUUGAUCAAAGUAGGCAAUAAUUAUACUGUUUAGUGGGAAUUGCACUUUUAGAAUAAUUUCUGGGUCAGUGUCCAGAGAUCUCAGAACUGGCUGAGAAAAAAACAAAAAGACAACAAAUUUAUAUUUUCUGUUGUUUACUCUGUUCCAAUGAAACUCAACUGCUGCCAGGGUGAUUACUGAUCUCUGAUGCCUUUCUUGUCUGCAAUUCAGGGUCUAUCUCCGUUUUUUGUACCUAACCUAUGCACAAACCUAUGUCUCUUAUCUUUAGGAGUAGAAUUAUUCAGGGUUUCAUUAAUAGUGUGAAAACAUAAUUUUGUUAUUUUUUUUUUCAUUGAUUUUGUGUCAUAAUUUCUUCUGCCUAAAACAAUGAGGCUCUGGUACAUAUUUUUGGGAUGGUCUUUCUUACAGGUCUCUCCAUGCAGUUCUUGUGUUUUUCACUUCAUGUCUGAAGUUCCUUCUUCUCCAUUCUAUUAUAAGGACUAUGA